AUGGUAGCUCCCGAGGCCAUCAAGCCCUGGCUUCGUGCCACCCCUUCAUCCUACCUCCUCAUCAACGCCAACGUCGUCGACGUACGCAAUGGCACAAUCCUCAAGAACUCCUCAGUAACAAUUAAAAAUGGCAUCAUUGAAUCCAUCACCCCCAAUUCUACCUCCGCAGCACCUGAAUCUUCUUCUUCCUCUUCAUCCCAAAAGGUGAUCGACUGCAAGGGCAAAUUCCUUUGUCCCGGCCUCUUCGAUGCACACGUCCAUCUUAUGGCCGUCCCCGGCUUCACAGACUUAUCCAAAGCAUUUGGUAACCCGAACGAUGUGCACGUGCUACGUCAACCGUAUGUAUGCGCCCAAAUGCUGCAUCGAGGAUUCACCUCUGUGCGCGACUGCGGCGGGGCCCAAUUAGCGCUCAAAGAGGCUAUUGAAGAUGGCGUGUGGCCGGGACCCAGACUCUUUAUUGCGGGUUACGCAUUGAGCCAGGCCGGCGGCCAUGCAGAUUACCGCGGACCGCACGAUCACACUCAAUGCUGUGGAUUGGGCACCACGGGACUGGGGCGGGUCUGUAACGGAGAAGCUGAAUGCAUGACUGCUGUGCGCGAGGGUAUCCGAACGGGAAGCGAUUUCAUUAAAAUAAUGGCUUCCGGCGGCGUUUCGUCGCCCACAGAUAAACUAGAGCAUCUACAAUUCACGCCUCGCGAGAUUCGCGCAAUGGUGGAAUGCGCAGAUCAAGCAGGCACGUUUGUCACGGCUCAUGCUUACACGCCCAAAGCCAUUCGGCACGCUAUUAAUAACGGUGCCAGGGGUAUUGAGCAUGGCAAUUUCAUUGACCCCGAUACUGCGAAACUCAUGGUUGAGAAGGGCGUUUAUCUGACGCCGACACUUAUCACAUAUGCUGAAAUGGCAAGUCCGAAUUGGGAGGGAUACUUGCCUGUUGAAUCUCAGAGCAAGAACACGGAGGUUCUACAGGCUGGAUUAACAGCCCUCAAAAUUGCGUCUGAGGCAGGCGUCAAAAUGUGCUAUGGUAGCGACCUGUUGGGUCCCCUGGGUGCCGCACAGUCCGGGGAAUUUAGGCUGAGAGCGUCGGCUCUGUCCCCGUUACAGGUUCUUCAGAGCGCUACAAUCAAUCCGGCUGAGAUGAUGGGUUGCGCAGAUACGUUGGGGCAGAUUCAGAAGGGAUUCAAGGCGGAUGUUUUGAUUCUUGAUGCGAAUCCGUUGGAGAAUGUGACUAUUCUGGAUGAUCCAGAGAAAUUUAUUUUGGCUGUUAUGAAAGAAGGCAGAAUAUACAAGAGUCGCUGGGAAGGGGUGGAAGAGGAUGCUGACAUUCCUGUUAGAGUUAAGGCGGCGUUGUAA